GUCCUGCCCCGAGGAAUGGCUGCGGAUGUCCGCAAGAAGAAAGGCGGGGAGGUGCCCAACGGGUCCCUGGCACCGGGAGAUGGGCAGCACGCCGAGAGGUCCGAGAGCCCCACGCCGGGGCUGGCACAGGGGACGGAGCCAGGGGCGGGCCAGGAGGGAGCCAUGUUCGUGCACACCCGCUCCUACGAGGACCUGACGAGUCCCGAGGACGGGGGGGCCGCGGCGCGGAGCCCGGAGGAGAGGCGGGGGGAGCCGGCCGAGCCGACCAGCAUGGAGCAGAUCAGCAAGGACUUCAGCGAGCUGAGCACGCAGCUCACGGGCAUGGCCCUCGACCUGGAGGAGGAGAUGAGGCAGAGCAAGGAGGGGAAGCUGGAGCCGUCCCCGCAGGCCAUGCGCCACGACUCGGUGCUGUCGGGCAAGGAGGAGGAGGACGUGACCAUGGACGCCUGGCGCAUGCAUCGGAAGCACGUCUUUGUGCUGAGCGAGGCUGGCAAGCCUGUGUACUCCCGCUACGGGUCCGAGGAGGCCCUCUCCAGCACCAUGGGCGUCAUGAUGGCCCUGGUGUCCUUCCUGGAGGCCGACAAAAACGCCAUCCGCUCCAUCCACGCAGAUGGCUACAAGGUGGUCUUCGUACGGAGGAGCCCGCUGGUGCUGGUGGCCGUGGCGCGGACCCGGCAGUCGGAGCAGGAGAUCGCCCACGAGCUGCUGUACAUCUACUACCAGAUCCUGAGCCUGCUCACCUGGACCCAGCUCAACCACAUCUUCCAGCAGAAGCAGAACUACGACCUGCGCAGGCUCCUCGCCGGCUCCGAGCGCAUCACCGACAACCUGCUGGACCUUAUGGCCCACGACCCCAGCUUCCUCAUGGGAGCUGUGCGCUGCCUGCCCCUGGCCGCCAGCGUGCGGGACGCCGUGAGCACCAGCCUCCAGCAGGCCAAGGCCAAGAGCUUGGUCUUCUCCAUCCUCCUGUCAGGGAACCAGCUGGUGUCUCUCGUGAGGAAGAAGGAUCAGUUCCUCCACCCCAUUGACCUCCAUCUGCUUUUCAACCUCAUCAGUUCCUCUUCCUCCUUCCGGGAGGGCGAAGCCUGGACUCCCAUUUGCCUCCCCAAGUUCAACUCCAGCGGCUUCUUCCACGCCCACAUCUCCUACCUGGAGCAGGAGAUGGACCUGUGCCUCCUGCUGGUCUCCACGGACCGCGAGGACUUCUUCACCGUCUCCGACUGCAAGAGGCGCUUCCAGGAGCGCCUGCGGCGGCGGGGGGUGCACCACGCUCUGCAGGAGGCCCUUCGCACCCCCUUCUACAGCGUGGCCCAGGUGGGCAUCCCCGACCUGCGGCACUUCAUCUACAAGUCCAAGAGCUCGGGGCUCUUCACCAGCCCUGAGAUCGAGGCACCCUACGUGCGGGAGGAGGAGAAGGAAAGGCUCCUGGGGCUCUACCAGUACCUCCACAGCCGGGCUCACAACUCGUCGCGCCCCCUGAAGAACAUCUACUUCACGGGCCCACGUGAAAACCUCCUGGCUUGGGUCACCAGCGCCUUCGAGCUCUACAUAUGCUACAGUCCCCUGGGGACCAAGGCGGGCGCCAUCAGCGCUGUCAACAAGCUCAUGAAGUGGAUCCGCAAGGAGGAAGACCGACUCUUCAUCCUCACGCCCCAGACGUACUGACGGGCAUCUCCCAGGGCAUGGUGCCAGCUGGGGACCCCGCUGCGCUGGGCGGCCCGGCCCCUGGGGAGGCGCGGGCUGUGAGCCAGGGGAGAGGGCACGGUGGGACCCCGAGAACACGGGGAAACCCGCCCGUGGGACUGUCAGCCGUGGGUGCGGGAGGUGGGGCGCGGAGCUGCCCGGGCACUGGGGUGAGCAGGGCUUUCUCGCACCUGCAGGCAGUGCCCCCCUCAUCUGGGGGGGGCUGCCCUUCCUCUGCGACCCCCGGCUCCAUCCCUUUUGCUGCUGUGCCCACAGAGGGCGGGUGACACCGCCCAGCUGGGGACAGGGCUGGCUGGGGGGCACUGCCAGCGCUGCUCCUCUCCCUCCUUUGGGGAAGCCGGGUCCCCGAAUGCCAGGCAGCCCCCGAUGGUCCUGGGCUCCUGCCCCGGGCCGUGAGCCAGCAGGUUUGUCCCCUCGGAAGGGUGCCCACACCCUGCCCAGCGUGGCCACACAAAGGAUGCCAUGUCCUGGGGAAGGCAGGGUGGUAGGUCAGCCUGCCCCAGCUGGGUACUGGGGUCCUGCCCGUGGGGACGUGGAGCAGCCCCCAAGAGCCGCAGGGUGCCGGGGCGUCAGUCACUGUGGCGUGGCGCUGGCUCCACAGGGGCAGCCCCGACGCGGCUCCCUCGGAGCCCUUUCUGGCACGGGGCCCUGCCGGGACUUCAACUUGUCAUGGGGUCUCCUGAACCCCCCAGAGAACAGCCACUCGAGCUGGGCUUGCUGUGCAAGGCCCCCCUCCUCCGUGCUGCCACCGGGCACCGACAUGGGGCUGAGCACCCCCAGGCUCCGCGGCAGCCGCGUGUCCCCUGUGAAGCCCAGCCCGACCCCGCGUUUGGGGGCUGCCGGCUGUGCGCUGGGGCGGGUGUUCGAGGAGGGGGAGAGCCCCCACGGAGACCCUGAGGGAGCCGCGAGGAACCCAGCAGGGCUUGCGGGGGGACCCCACUCCCGUAGUUGUGCUCCUGCCAGGCUGUAAUCGCUCAUCUCUGCUCAUAAACAUUAUCUGGACCC